UGCUAAACGAAACAGUUCGGCAGAGCGCGUUCUUUUGGGCACCCUAAGUAUUGUCGAUAAAACCAUGGCUCCACUUGUGAGCCUCGGAGCGAUUCUUUUCUCAAGCGCCGCUUUGGGGGCAAACGGCCUGAGAGUUCAGGUGUCAAGCACCGCACUCAGCGAACAGACUCUGCUCCCGAUCUCAGGGUUGUCAAACCUCCCCAUUCCGGGCAUAUCGGAUCUGCCCCUCACCCGAUUCAAUCCUCUGGUGUGGCUUACAAACAUCAUUUUCCCAAAGGAAGCGCCUCGCUUCUUCCGGACGUACUUCACUGCUAAAGGCUGCCCGACAUGGUACGUUGACCCAAACAGACCGCCUACCUUGUUCGAUGAGGAUUUCGUCGUGACAAACGGCUGGUCCUAUGAUCCAGCAUCCGGCACAGUCGACUACCACGGUUUCCAGGAAAUGGUCGAGCCAGCGCACCCGUUCCCCUUUGUGUUUUUGCCACAAAGAGCCUCAUCCCGAGCAGCCCUGAUUAAGCGGAAUUAUCUUUGCCAAAAUUCGAGGAUCCAAACAGAAGUUUUGCUUGGUAGUGCCCACGAAGCGGGCGUAAUCUUCAGAGGAAUAGGCGAGCGAAACUUUUGGACAGUUCUAUUGACUGCCGGGAACGGCCUCCAACUCGUGCGGGUGAAAGACGGAGAGAGACUUGUGCUAGCAAGCAUUCCCUACAUGAACGUCAUGUCUGGCCAGUGGUACUCUGUUGCCAUCGAGGAGCAACUCGGUGACAUAAGAAUGACAGGAGGUGUGGCCGGACAGAAACAGCAAUCGAUCAUGUACCAAGCAGAGUCGGACGAAGAGUUUUCUCCCCGUGGGCGCGAGAAUGACUUCUUGCUGAUGCUCCAGCGGACGUCAACUGGUACUUCUCCUUUCAAUGCGUACGUGAACCGUGAUAGGGCUACUACAGACGGUCAUAGGCAGGGCACUGGCAACCCUCAAGGGAUUUCGAGGCAGCUCGAGGUGUCGCAGCACUUAACAGGAACACUAGGCCAAGACGCCGCUAUCAUAAAAGAGCUUCCUGAAGAUGUAAAGAACUGGUGCCCCGAAGGAGCCCGGUGCGCCGGUGGACCAUUCGAGGACUGAACGUGCACGCUGACGCGGCCAUUCGAUAAAUGCGUAGCCACAUCUGGAGAUAUAGUCGACGUGUGAAUUCCUGUGUCGUCAAUAGAUUGAUUGAAUCUUCCCGUCGUGACUUCCCGAUGUGCGCAGUGUCACUUUUUGAGAAACUAUGAAUAUGGCCUCGGGAUAAAAGAGGCCUGCAGCGACCCGCAACGAUCGUUACAAAAUCUGAAUAAACAAUUUGCUCAGGAUGUCAUCUUCAUCCCAUCCACGUAACUCUACGUCGGGAGAACUCCUCCUCGUCGCUUCCCGUGCUGUUCCUGCAUUCGCUCCUAAGAAAAUGUCGUCUAGACGUCUCGCCUUAAGAAUGGUGGGCUGUUCACAUUGUGUGCAAGGAGGCUCGAGGUCUGUGCUCGGUUUGCGCGCAACAGUUGCUGUAGAGAGGAGUUUUUCUACGGCUAGUGCAUGAUUACGCACGGAUGGAGACGUCGGCGUGGUCAGUUCUACAUUAGAUGAUUCUUCGUCAUCACUCUGCGGUAAUUGCCGACUACCCGUGGCUGUCAAGCAUUCUGGGACAGAUGUUUCGUCUGUCGUGGAGCUUCUCUCGUUGCCACCUGACGACAGGGAUGAGAGUUUCUGGAACUAGGGGAGGAAGUCAUUUGUAGGCUACUACAUCAACCGAAUAGCAGCGAUUCAACAAUGGUACGGUAUUCUCUUUACACAGGGAGCGCAUAUCGAACGGUCUGCAACAAAGCAGACACACAUGACCUGUGCUUCUGGUUCGUUUAACACGUGAGGUCUCUGCUUUAACUUGAAAAG